AUGGCAUCAUCGCCCUCCGAAAAGACACACAACGACCACAAGCCGACCUCGCCGCGGCUCACGUCCGGCGCGGCGCUGGUCCCAGUCCUCAGCUCGCACAGCUAUGCCGGCGUCGCUGGCGCGUCGGGCGUGUGCGCGAACCCCGAGCUCGCCGCCGUCGUGUCGGCCGGCGCGGCGAGCGCCGCCGGCCUCCCGCCGGCCCCGGAGCCAGAGCUCGUCAUCUCCACGGCGCGCACAUGGGCAAUCAUCGCGACCGUGUCCAUCGCCAUGGCCAUCUCGGGCGCGGGCGGCAUGGCGCUCUCCAUCGCCCUGCCCGACAUCCAGCGCGACCUCCACAUGCAGGAGUCGCAGCUGCAGUGGGUGAGCUCGGCGUUCGCGCUCACGAACGGCUGUUUUCUUUUGUUGUCGGGCCGCGUGGCAGACGUGUACGGCCGCAAGCUGUGCUUUGUCGUCGGGCUCGUGUGGAACGCAAUCUGGACGCUCAUCGGCGGGUUCAUGCACUCGGCCGCAGCGCUAGUCGUCACCCGCGCCCUCGCUGGCAUGGGCAGUGCGCUCUUCAUCCCCUCUGCGGUCGGCGUCGUCGCGAGCACGUUCUCUGGCCGCACGAGGGCCACGGCGUUCGCGAGCUUCAGCGCCGGCGCGCCCAUCGGCGGCGCGCUGGGUAUGGUGCUCGGCGGCUUGCUCACCGCGUACAGUUCCACAUCAUGGCGCGGAUCCCUCUACGUCCUCGCUGCCGCGACUGCGGCCUGCGGCGUUGCUGGCUGGCUGACGAUCCUCUCCGACCGCGGGCUUGACCCCGACCGCCGGAUCGACUGGAUCGGCGCGGCGAUUAUCACGAUCGGCUUGGUGCUGUUCCAGUUCAGCAUCUCGGACGGCGAGAGCGCGCCGCAGGGCUGGAAGACGCCGUACAUCAUCGCGCUGCUCAUCCUCUCGGUGCUGUUCAUCGCUGCCUUCUUCUUCUGGGAGCACUACGUCGAGACCAAGACCACCCGCCCUCCGCUCAUGAGCCUCGCGUUGUGGACUCGCUCGCGCGGAAAGCUCGCCGCGACGUACGCGAUCGGGUGCAUCACCUGGAUCGGCUUCAUCCCCAUUUUCUACAACGCGACCCUGUGGUACCAGCAGGUGCAGGGCACGGGUGUCAUUGGCGCCAUGCUCCGCUUCUUGCCCUGCACAGUGUCGGGCAUCAUCUGCAACAUCAUCGUGGCAAAGAUCAUCCACAUCUUCAACAACCAGCUGCUCAUCUGCAUCGGCGUCGGCGCGACCGGCCUCGCAAACGUGCUGCUGGCAAUCUGCAAGCCCGAUUCCAUCUACUGGGCCGAGGCAUUCAACGCCAUGUGGCUCGGUGUGCUGGGCGCCGACUUCCUCAUGGCCGUCGGAUCCAUCUUCGUGUCCACCCUCGCCCUGCCAGAGGAGCAGUCGGUCGCCGGCGCGCUCUUCCAGACCAUGGUUCAGCUCGGCGGUGCCGUCGGCCUCGCGUUCGCGUCCGUCAUCGCGACCAACCUCCAGGCCAAGCACCUCGAGCAGGGCAAGUCGGCAUUCGACAGCCUGGUGUACGGAUUACACGGCGCGUUCUGGUUCGCCGCGGCGACCUGCUUCACCGCCCUCAUCAUCGCCGCCAUCAUGCUCCGCGGGCUCGGCACGUACGGGUCGAAGAGCAAGCCGAAGAGCGUCAGCGGUGCGAGCGACAUGACGGCGGCGCAUGACACGGCAGCCGACGAGAAGGAGGUGUUGCCCAACGCGGACAAGAUCAGCAAAGUAUAAUAGAGUGAUCUUGGCAUUAGAUUGAUCUGGGUAUUGUGGCAUCCAUGUAUCUUGCACUGUGAUCAGGGGGAGUGCGUGAGGGUGACGCGGCGCCGUGGCCUCAUGUCAGUACUUGCUACCGACUUCGUGGUGCGAGCGCAGCAGCGGGCCCUUGGUCGAGAGACGCACCCACC